GCAUUUGAUCACAUGAUCUGCACCUCCCUGUAAUGGAUGGAGAUAGAUCUCCACGUCAGCUUACGUCUCUAACUUUUUACUCCACAGAUCUGCUUCAAAGAGGCAGGAGCAGCAACGUAAGGAAAACCAUGCUAAGAACAGCUUUCGCGGAGAGCCCGAGGUAGAGUAAUGAUGGAUUUUGAUGAGCGAGUUUCUGUGGGCUCUAACAUGUAUUUGCCCAGUUGUACGUACUACGUGUCGGGUCCUGAUUUCUCCAGCCUACCUUCCUUUUUACCCCAGACACCGUCUUCUCGCCCCAUGACGUACUCUUAUUCGUCUAACCUGCCCCAGGUUCAACCUGUGAGAGAAGUAACCUUCAGGGAUUAUGCCAUUGAUGCAUCCAAUAAAUGGCACCACAGAAGCAAUCUAUCCCAUUGUUAUACAGCAGAAGAGAUUAUGCACAGAGACUGCCUGCCUGCUCCUACAACUAGCAUGGGCGAAAUGUUCGCGAAAAACAGUUCCACUGUGUACCAUUCAAGCUCCAAUGCGACGUCCAAUUUCUACAGUAGCGUGGGGAGAAAUGGUGUGCUGCCCCAAGCCUUUGACCAAUUUUUUGAGACGGCGUAUGGAAACACAGAAAACCCACCAGCCGACUACUCUGGGAACAAAAGUAGCAACAAAUUACCUGCUGCCGCAACGUUCAGCUCUGAGACAUGCAGGGAGACGGAGGAGAAAGACCGAGAAGAGGAAAGCAGCAGCCCCGAGUCCUCUUCCGGCAACAAUGAAGAGAAAUCUAGCAGCAGCAGUAGCCAGCGUACUCGAAAGAAGAGAUGCCCCUACACAAAAUAUCAAAUCAGAGAACUGGAAAGGGAAUUCUUUUUCAGUGUCUACAUCAACAAGGAGAAGCGCCUUCAGCUGUCGCGAAUGCUCAACCUCACCGACCGCCAAGUCAAAAUCUGGUUUCAGAAUAGAAGAAUGAAAGAAAAGAAAUUGAACAGAGACCGGUUACAGUAUUACACUACCAAUCCACUGCUUUAAGACGGUUUACACUAUACAUCUUCCUAUGUCAGGAGACCAACAUUCUCUUAUGUUGUGAGAAUGUCGAGGUGCAACGCUUAAUUUCAAUUAUAAAUACCAAGCAACACCAACGAACAAUGAAAAGAUAAUUUCAAGGAAAAAUGUCAGACGUCACUUGUAUAUUCAUAUGUAAAAAAAUAUAUGUAUAUUGUUUUUAUUCUUCCCUCAGUGAUGUAACAUUUAUUUUACAAACCCGGUGGGUAUAAAUCAAUGUUUUUUUUUUCCAUAAACAAACUAUUUCUUAUUGAAUAUUUCAUUGACUGUUAUGUGAAAUAUUGAUCCCGUGCUUAAAUAGCGUUCCUGAUCUGCCAAUAUGAAAGUAGACGAAGUCAACUGCGGAUUAAAAUUAUAUCCAGUA